AUGCGGUCGACACGCAACAGCGGCACGCGGACAACCUCCCUCGCCAUCCUUCUGGGCGUUGUCUUCCUCUACUUCCUCUACAGCAUCCACAAUGCCUCCGUCGAUCAGUCCGAACUCCGCCUACGAGUCCAAACGUCUGCGGCUGAGAACCCUCUUUCUCCUCCCACCUCUGCUUUCCGUCGGCAGCCCAACUCACAGAAUGCACACGGUGUCCGCCGUCCGCCCCCAGUCGUUCACUACCAGCUGAACAAUCUGACUUCAUCGGCAUGGCCUGCCCAAAAGAACGAGAAGGUUCUCAUCCUCACGCCCCUUGCCCGCUUCUAUCCUACAUACUGGGACAAUCUUCUUGCCUUGAGCUAUCCCCACGAGCACAUCAGCUUGGGUUUCAUCACACCAAAGACCAAGGAGGGAAAUGCAGCAACAGCUGCUUUGCAAGAGGCCAUCAAGGAGACACAAUCUGGCCCGGUGGAAAAGCGCUUCCAAUCUAUAACCAUAUUACGGCAGGACUUUGAACCUCCCUUGACGUCGCAAGACGAAAAAGAGCGGCACAAGAUGGAAAAUCAGAAAGUCCGGCGGGCCUCUAUGGCUCAGGCACGCAACAGUCUGCUCUUCACCACAAUCGGCCCACACACCGCGUGGGUGCUAUGGCUCGACGGGGAUGUGGUCGAGACUCCCCCGACCCUCAUCGAAGACCUGGCCAGCCAUGACAAAGCAGUCAUUGCGCCAAGCUGCAUGCAACGGUUCAUUGACGACGAAGGACAAGAAGAAAUCAGGCCAUACGACUACAACAACUGGCGAGACAGUGACGUCGCACAAGAACUUGCCAGCAAGAUGGGUCCUGAUGAGGUCCUCCUGGAGGGAUAUGCUGAGAUGGCUACAUACAGGACACUCAUGACAAAACUGGCCAAGACAGGCAAGGAUCGUGACGAACGCCGUCUGAUGCCCCUCGAUGGUGUCGGUGGAACAGCUCUCUUGGUGAAGGCCGAGGUUCACAGGGAUGGAGCCAUGUUCCCUCCUUUUCCGUUCUACCACCUCAUCGAGACGGAAGGCUUUGCGAAGAUGGCAAGGCGCCUUGGAUUUGACGUCUGGGGCUUGCCUGACUACUUUGUGAGUGUUGCAAUUUCGGUCCGAAACGUAUGA